UCCUAUACACAUAGUGCUCCUACACACUCUCGCAUUAUAUAAUGGUGGCCGUGUGAGGCCCGUAUUUUGUUCCUCCGAUCGCUGCGAAAUUCUUAAAGAUGUCUGUUGGUAGAAUAAUUACACGUACCUUUUCCACGACAACCGCCGCGCAGCAGCUGGUGAAGCCUCCAGUUCAAGUCUUCGGAUUAGAAGGCAGGUAUGCCACGGCCCUUUACUCAGCCGCGUCCAAACAGAAGGUCUUGGACGCGGUGGAGAAGGAUUUAGUUGGUUUACAGGGUCUCCUAAAGCAAAACGCCACACUGAUAGACUUCAUAAAAAAUCCCUCGAUAAAGCGAAAGGACAAGAUGGAUGCUUUCAAGGCGAUCGGAACCAAGAGCAAAUUGACUCCGGCCACCGAAAAUCUGCUGACGUUGCUCGCGGAGAACGGCCGGCUGUCGAAGCUCAAUGUAAUCAUCAAUCUGUACAAGGUGCUGAUGGCCGCCACCCGAGGGGAGGUGGUGUGCGAGGUGAUUACCGCGAGUCCGCUCGACGCCGACACGAAGGCGAAGCUGGAGUCGACGCUGAAGCGUAUGCUGAAGAAGGGCCAGACCAUUUUGCUCACCAUCAAAGUAGACCCCUCCAUCAUCGGCGGUAUGAUCGUGUCGGUAGGUGAUCAGUAUGUAGACAUGAGUGUCGCUAGCAAAAUUAAAAUGUACACCGACCUCAUUGAGGGCCCUGCGUAAUGAAGCACGUAGCGAUGCGAAAAGUAACGGAGUAAACUGUCGCAUACUCAUAUGCAUAUAUAUAUUCGAGUAUCAUGUAAAUUAUCGGACAGAAAUAAAAACUGUAAUCAACCAACCUAAA